CACCCCCGGCCGGUGCUUCCCCCCGCCCCGUCCGGGCAGCGCCGCACCGAGCCGCGUCCCCGCACAGUGGCCAUGGAGUACACGCCGCCCCCCAAGCCGCAGCUCUCCUCCCGGGCCAACGCCUUCUCCAUCGCCGCCCUCAUGUCGAGCGGCAGCUCCAAGGACAAGGAGUCCCCCGAGAGCACCAUCAAGCCUCUGGAACAAUUCGUUGAGAAAUCCUCCUGCGCCCAGCCUUUGAGUGAUUUAUCCAGCCUGGACCCUCACGGGGAUUUUAGCAGCAGCCCUUCUUCCCUGUGUACCGAGCCCCUCAUCCCCACCACCCCCAUCAUCCCCAGCGAGGAGAUGGCCAAAAUCUCCUGCAGCCUGGAGACCAAAGAGCUCUGGGACAAGUUUCAUGAACUGGGUACCGAGAUGAUCAUCACCAAAUCCGGGAGGAGAAUGUUUCCAACGAUCAGGGUUUCCUUCUCAGGAGUGGAUCCUGAGGCCAAGUAUAUUGUGUUAAUGGAUAUAGUUCCUGUGGACAAUAAAAGAUAUAGAUAUGCCUACCACAGGUCUUCCUGGUUAGUGGCUGGAAAAGCUGACCCUCCUCUCCCUGCAAGGUUGUAUGUGCACCCCGACUCCCCGUUCACAGGAGAGCAACUGCUGAAGCAGAUGGUGUCCUUCGAAAAAGUCAAACUCACCAACAACGAGCUGGAUCAGCAUGGCCAUAUCAUUUUGAACUCCAUGCACAAGUACCAGCCAAGGGUGCACAUCAUUAAGAAGAAGGAUCACACAGCUUCCUUGCUAAAUCUAAAAUCAGAAGAGUUCAGAACAUUCAUCUUUCCAGAGACAGUUUUUACUGCUGUUACUGCCUACCAGAAUCAAUUGAUAACCAAGCUGAAAAUUGACAGCAACCCUUUUGCUAAAGGAUUCCGUGACUCUUCCAGACUCACUGAUAUCGAGAGAGAAAGUGUGGAGAGCCUUAUCCAAAAGCAUUCCUAUGCUCGAUCCCCCAUUCGGACCUAUGGAGGAGAAGAUGAUCUUGGAGAUGACAGCCAGGCAACACAAAGCAGAGGGUCAGCCUUUACAACAUCUGAUAACCUGUCCCUCAGUUCCUGGGUUUCCUCUUCAACCAGUUUCCCAGGAUUUCAGCAUCCACAGUCUUUGAGUGCCCUGGGUACCAGCACUGCAUCCAUAGCUACACCCAUUCCUCAUCCAAUCCAAGGAUCUCUGCCUCCGUACAGCCGCCUGGGAAUGCCUCUGACACCCUCUGCCAUAGCCAGCUCCAUGCAAGGUAGCGGCCCCACUUUCCCUUCCUUCCACAUGCCAAGGUACCACCAUUACUUCCAGCAGGGUCCUUAUGCAGCUAUCCAAGGACUGCGUCACUCUUCCGCAGUGAUGACACCGUUUGUAUGAGUGACGUACGACAAGAGGAACACACGAUUUUAAAUGUGCAAGUUUGCUAUGACAAAAUACAAGGGACCUUCCCGAAAGGCCUGUGGCAGGAGUGCUGAACUCAUGACAAACCAGCUGAAAAAAUGCAUUGUGGAUACAGAUUCCUCUUUUGAGGGAUCACAAGAAGAGAGCAUGCAGCUUGGAGCUGCUCACAGAUCUAUGUGUAACACAGCCAAAAUGGAUCCCAAAGUCCCCAGGAUCUUUGGUCACGUGCAGCUUGUUCCAAAGGUGCAUUAUACCUAGUGGAAAGAGAUUAUCUUUAAGCAGCAGUAUACAAACUAAUUGUCUAUAGGUCUUUUUUCAUAUGCUAGAUGAAUUCUAAAAAAGGCAAUACUCUUACUCAUCUUCCAUCUCUUCUUGUGACUGAUGAGCAUCUAAACAGAAAAAUGUAUUGCUAUAACUUUGAGCAUGUUUUAGGCUAUCUCAGCAUACAUUUGCUGAAAAUAGGACAAAGUGGAGAAGACCACUGUCCUUUUUAAGACUGGCAUAUAUUCACCAAAACCAGUAUUUCUUAGUUGCUACUAUAAUCACAAAGAGAACGUUAUUAACAAGUCUUUCUUUCUUUGUUUGUUUCUUUCACAAAACACUUAUCGGUUCCAAAAAAAGAACUGUGUUACAGGACUGUAGUAGUAAUAAUGUAUUCUGUCCUUCAGUCUAAAAGGAAGUUUGUCCUAUAUCUGUCGGUUAAGAUAUAAUGAAGAAAAAUUUUGAUUUGGAAAAAUCUAUUACUUAAACUUAGAAACAAAGAUUUCCCAUUUUAAAGCAGUACUUGUUUGCUGCUGUGUGUGCCACUGAAGACCUGUUUCCAGCUGCACAUGUGAACCAAGUUAACCCAAUUUCAGGCUAGAUCAGUCUAUAGACUCUCUGGAUCAAACUAUAAUUAAUGGACUGGUAUAAGUGGCAUUGGAGUAUCUUUCCACUUGUUCUGAUUUUGUUGGGUUUGGUUAUGGCUGUUAUUAUAAAAGGCAUCAGCUUGGCCAGGAAAACCAGUUUUUUCACAUCCCACUAUAAUGGUUGAGUUUCCUUGGAAAAAUAUCAGUACAGAACUUCACAUGAAAGUUUGUUUUUUUUUUUUUUUAAUUCACGUCUGACUUUUUUUCAGUUAGUAUUUGGGGCUCAUUCAAAGUACUGUCCCCUUUUCUAGUAUGUUGUGUCUGAUACAAUGGAGGAGCUAUAGAGGCAUAAGAUGAUAAUGACCUUGUCUGCAGAGAGCUAGCAUGAAUCCUUUGCACUACUGGAAAGAGUACCAGUGUGAUGUUGGUUUUCUGUGUGGCAAGAGCUGGGAUUCCAUUGUAAGUAAUAAGUUGACACAGUUGCUGUGUUGAGUUGCAUCCAAGCUAUAGAUGAUAAUACAUCUGCUGACAAAAGAGAACUAGCAUAAAUAAUCUCAUAUAUUACAGAUCUCUGUAGAGCUGGAACACAAAACAGACUUAUUGUCCUCUGCUUUUCACCAUUCUCUAUUGGUGUCAUAUUGUCUGUCAUUGGUAAAAAGCAGAGCGUAGUACACUGAAUCACCUAUUUCCAUCUCUGCAAAGUAUGCAGGCAUGUGCAUCCCACAGAAAAAGACCACCAUUAUGUAAUUUCCAGUAGCUGAAUUCAAAAUCUUCUCAAGCUGGCCAUUUCAAUCACCUUUUCAACCAAGUUAUCUGCAAUAUCACCCUAAUUCCCCAUUAAUCACUGUUGGACCUGCUGAUGAAAACUGACCUGGGCCAAUUUGCAACCCCUGUGCUCUGUAUGUAAAUAAAAAUGAAAAUUUAUUUACAAUUCAGACCUGCUACAAGGAGUUCCAUAAAUUAAUAUGACAGGUCAAGCUCUGCAGUGUUUAAAUGGCUCAGAAUCAGACACUGAAUUUGUCUUGGUGUACCCAAAUAUUAGAUUUUGCUGUAGUCUAUCAGAUUCACAGGAAAAGUGCAUGUUGCAAGAUUGUGCCUACUUAUAAGUGGUUUCAAGAUAAACGCCCUAUUUUUCAGGAAAUUAAGUGAUACUGACCCUACAAGAAUGUAAUUCUUCAAGUAAACAUGACUCUACAGAAACAAUAAUUACAGAAGAGGUUUGGUAGAAAGUUUGCUCUUCAGUUGUUUGACUUCUGUUAGAGUUGUACGAAGACCCUAGGAUGACAUGCACUAAAGCCUGUGGGGAAAUUCUGUUUAUUUUAUCUGGUUCCUUCUGCAGCUUCAUUUACUUAUAUGGAGUUCAGGGAAUAUGGUUAGGUUCAGAACUCAAGCCAGUAGUUUUACUGCUGAUACUUCCAUCGGGAAAGGGUCAAGUAAGUAGGCAACUUUUACAUGACUCCAGAAACAAGUUUGAAACAGGUGGGCUGAUUUAGACAUGGUCAACAUGUGACAUAAAGGCUGCUCAUACAUCACCUUCCUUCAUGAACCAAAUUCAGAGAAACAAACUGCAUCAUCUUUUCAGCUCUGUCCCAGCCUCUGCUCUGAGAACACCAAUAUUUGACAUGCAGAAAUGCCCCUUAUACUCUUUCAGAGAAGGAGAGAAGCACCACUCCUUGUGCUUCUCUCUGAUUGUUUAAUUCCUUUGUAGCAGAAACCCAUUGGGUUGCCCACCAAUGCAGAAUCACAGGCAGGUCCCAAGCAAGGGAAUGAAGGCAGCUUGUGACAGAUUUCCUCAGGAAUGAGAUCAAUAGGUACGUCCAUUCCUCACUUCCUCUUCUUUGCCCUCACAGUCCUACCUACAAAACCUGUUGCAGAGAUUUGAGGUUAAAGGGAUUAAGUUCACACAGGCCACAGGAUGUCCAGUGAAGAGGUCUUGCCACCUCACUGUUUCUGCUCCAUGUCCCUCUCACCUUCCUGUAGGCCUGGGGAAGCAUGGGAGUGAUUCCAGGAAUAAAAUUUCUACCCAGCUGAAGUCAAAUGGAAAUUUAUUGACUGUAACGGGGGCAGGAUUUCAUUCCACAUUGUCAUCUAAAAAUAAAGCCUGGCAGUAGGAAGAGUGACUUAAAUGGCAGCAACAAUAUAGGAACAGUACAGGAAAGAUUAAAACUCACCUACAAAUCAGUUUUAGCACUGAACUCACAACUGAAAGAAAAUGAAUGUGAAUUUGUAAUUAAUUGGUUAAAGAGUGAAAUCACUUUUGAUAAAAAAAAAAAAUAAAAAUUGUCUCCACCACUCCACCAGUUUGACAAUAGCCCAGUAAUUUAUUUAGGGACUUGCUGUACUGCUGUCAAAAUUGCAUCACUUUCAGGACAUAACAUCUGUUGUUGGUAGAUGGGCUAGGAAUGCCAAAUACAAUCUAGAAUUUAUUUUCCAAAUACAAUUCACGUUUUGUGUCCCAUGAGAAGUGCUCUUCACCUUUAUGAGCUUUUUUCUUGGCUCAGAAAAAUGGAGCUGGUUUAUGUUGUUUGAUUUUGUUUGGGUUUUUUUUUUGGGGGGGGGGGGGGGGGAGAGCUGUUGGCCUUUUUUUUAAGAAGAGUGGAGAGAACAUGCCUGAAUAUGUUUUUCAAAGGGAGUGAUAAGAUUUUACUUGGAAGUGUUCCAAGUAUUUUUGUGUUUUUCCUGUAUUACCAUUUUAUCCAUAGAUUAUCAACACCCUCCAGUCUUUAAUUCAACAAAAGCAUCCCAUAUAUUAACAAAACUGAUUUGGAUAUAUUUGUCUGAAUAUUUUUUCUUCUACUUUUGGAGCCCUGAGAAUCUAAACAGAAACCCUCCCAUUUUUAAUUUCUCUUUGGUUUGCAGCAUUGCUUUGUAUGGCCUGAGGCACUGUCAAAGAUAGAAAAUCAAUGCCACUGGGUUUCAGUCGUACUCUUCUGGGUGCAAACAGAA